ACUAUCAAAAUAUACCAGAGCUGCAAUUGCUCUGCUUCUAAUUUUGUUUCUAGACAACAGCACAAAAGAGGACUGCAGAGAGCAGAGAAGAAGCAAAAUGGAGAAAACGAGGUACAAGAGGCUAUCUGGAAGUCAAAACCUAAGACAACAGCUUGUAUUGUCUACAUUCACCUUCACGCCCAUUCAAAUUCACGACAUACGAACCAACGAGACAUGGCCUGGUCUCCGCAAGUACGAGGUCUCCCUCCUCAAGUUGCUCGCUUUGGUCUGCCAUGGCUGUUCUUUCGAAAUCAACGACACUGGCACUGGAUUUAAGUUCAAGCCAGGGAUAGUGAUGGGUGGGUCGAAACUGGAACACGACUGUGGUUUUGAGCGGUCUAUUGGGUAUUUCUUGGAGCCCUUGAUUUUGAUUGGCCUCUUUGCCAAGAAACCCAUUACCAUUACGCUUAAAGGACUUACAAAUGAUUCCAAGGACCCAUCUAUUGAUACCUUCCGGUCUACUACCUUUCCCAUUUUAAAACGCUUUGGAGUUCCCUCAGAAGGAUUGGAGCUGGAAAUAAAGAGUCGUGGAUGCGCUCCUAAAGGCGGUGGUGAAGUCGUUGUGGCAAUCCCAGUUGUUCAAAGUCUGACUGGAGUAACAUGGACUGAUGAGGGGUUGGUUAAGAGGAUUAGGGGUGUUACAUUCUCAAUGAGAGUGUCCGUGCAGUCUGAAAAUACAAUGGUACAUGCAGCUCGAGGAGUCUUUCAUCCCUUCCUUCCAGAUGUUCACAUAUUUACUGACCAUAGAGCUGGCCCACAAGCUGGAGAGUCACAUGGUUAUGGAAUGUCAAUAGUUGCGGAAACAACCUCUGGCUGCUAUAUCUCCGCUGAUACAACUAUUUCUCAUUCACGAGGGGAACACAUAUCUGAAGUUGACUAUGAGAAGAAAGAGCUGGUGCCUCCAAAGGAUGUUGGUUUGAAAAUUGCUUCUGUUCUGCUUGGGGAGAUUGGGCAGGGCGGAGUGGUAGAUUCAAAUCACCAGGGUUUGUUGUUUCUUCUUUGUGCAUUAUGUCCCCAAGAUGUUUCAAAAGUUCGGGUCGGAAAGCUCUCUCCUUAUGGGAUAGAUACACUCAGAAACAUCAAUGAUUUUCUCGGAGUUAAAUUUGUCAUUAUGCCAUGUGCAUCCACAAGUACUGUUCUUCUCAAGUGUGUGGGCUGUGGUUUGAGGAACCUAUCUAGAAAGAUUUUGUGAUAGUCAAAAUACAAGGUAUAUGAU